AUGUCAGACAUAACCAACGCCAUCGACAAAGGCCUGGUGUUUUUCAAAUUGAACUCCGUUGUAAUUACUGAAGAUAAUCUGCAAGAAAAUUUACAUAUCACGUCGUUGGUAGACUCGCCACUUGCGUCUCUUUAUGGAAACCUUCAUAAGGUAUUCUCCCCAGUCAUUCUUGAACGCUCCAAAGCUACACCGAAAUUGCAAGAGCUUCUUGGCGAGUUAGAGACAGGCCUAAGCGCUAUCCUAAACCGACCCCGCAGCGGAGCGCCUCGAGGAGAUCGCGAGCGUCUUGCCGCGAUUCUAGAACCGCUCGACGAACUUUCGUUUUGGAGGGAGGUGGCCGCCACAGCUUGUUCUGAAGCGACGCGCGCUAAAAUAUUUGCCAGUUAUCUGGAGCCGAUCGAACAAAUUUAUGUUAGCUCUGUAUCGCUUGGCGAGCUCUCCGAUAACGUUGAUGCUCUUGUCAACUCCUUCGACGAUCUUUGGAAACAGGAGCACGUGAAGCCGUCCUAUCCCCAGAUAAGAAUGAGACACCUUUUCGAUAUCACCGGCAUAACAAUUACGACACAGAUUCAGGAGUCGCUUCGCGAGAUGCUCUGGACAUCUCAAUACGACCGUGUACGACUCGAGCUUGAGGUGGCGCUAGAUAUCUGCCUCAAAUGGCAGGAUGCUUGUCAAAAACAUACAGGAGUAUUUUGGCCUAGGGAGAACCAUCAGUGGGAUGGGCCCCCGUUUGUACCAACAUAUGUUGUUGGCUUUACCCAACGCUUACUCCAUGUGCAGGGCUUACGAACAAUCCAUCAGCAACUAUCUUUGCUAGCGAAGAUCUCUCUUCGUGAAGACACUGAGGUGUUUGCUCCCCUGAUGAAGAUUGAUGCCCUACACUUUAAUCCCGCUACGCAACAGAUCUACAAUAAGGCCGUCAUCGAAUUCGAACAUCAUCUCAGCUCAGCGGAAAAAGCAGCAGCCGUAAAGCUAAAACAGUUGCUGGCUGAGGCGGGAAGCAACGUCGACGGUAUUCUGAGCCUUCUUAAACGUUACAAGGACGUAGCCGUGCGUCCGCAGGUCGCACUAGAACUUACCGCCGAAAGGUCCGGGUAAACAAAAGUACUCCAGCAACACGACGAGGAUUUACAAUCCAUGUUUGCGAAGAUUGUAUUUGCAGUCCACAUACAGUGACGUACAAAAUAAGGUGCGUUAUGCACGAAAGCGUGCUUCAUCUUUCGUCAGGCCAUAAAGCGAAAAAGCCAUAUAACGGAGACGCUGCUUUUUGCA